UGCCCGGCACAGACUGCCUUAAGAAACGCGCAGUUAUGCAACGACGGACGUCUAGGUGAUACGGAGGUAUUUUGUAUUCUGCCUUGACGUCCGAUGAUGUAACUCAGCAGGAAGUAUUAUUCCGAACACCUCAUUUGAACACUCUCCCUGAUGAUUGCGGUAGAAGAUGAACAUUUCCACAUCUCUACGCAACGCUCGGAAUAUCGGUCGUCGACGAUUUCAGUCAUCCGGAAAGAGCUGGAACAAGGGGAGCUCCCGCCCAGAUGCGCGAACAGUACUUCAGUGUUUAUUGAACGUAUCGAUAAAUUUUGGAACAGUUGUAACAUUAUUAUAUAUCAUUAAAGGGAUUCACCCAUUGUUGGAAGUUUGCAGUUUAAUCAUCCGAUGAACAGUGAACUCAUGACCCUGAGUACUAAAAUGUCUAUCAAACCGGUCGGUCGUGUUGCCAUAUUAUUCUUCAUACUAAGUGCGCACGCGCAGUCAUUACCAGAUGUGACGAUACAGGCAUUCAAACCGAAAGGUGUUCGCGUGUCUAUACAAGAUCCGGAGAAAAAACUCAACCAAUUCGUGUUUCAAGGGAAUGUCAAUAGGAAUAUUAACGUCAAUGAUGUGGGUCAAAUUUCUGGUGAGGUCAUCAAGCCCACGAAUGGGGCUUGGGUGUUUGAGGACCCGAACAUAUCUCUUAAGCCUGGUGAUGUCAUCAAUUACUAUGUGUUUGUUAUACGGGAUAGAAAGGGCUAUGUCAACGACAAUCUUACCUCAACAGUGACUGAACUGGUUGAUCCAUCAUCACCCGCAAUGCCCUCAUCGCCAGACUGUAAAUCAACUGUGACAGAGGUUGCAGGCAAAGUAUGUGCUGGGCAAGUUAUUUUUGAAGAUAAUUUCGACCGACUCCAGGAUCUAUGGCACAUAGAGCAGUACAUACCAGACCAACCAGACUAUCCUUUUGUAUCAUAUCAAAGACCACCAAAAAGCCAAACGGUAGUCGUUGAUAAUGGUUACUUAAGAAUCGCUCCCCAACUCCAACAGGAUCUGGCAGGAUUUUCCAAUAUCUCCAUUUUGUCUGGUACCUUGGAUCUCACUAGUGGAUGCACAAGUAGAACCACGUAUUCAUCAAAAUGCAGUGUCAGUGCCUGGGGCGCGAGUAUUCUACCACCAGUUGUAAGCGGAAGGCUGACUACCAAGAUGGCCUUUAAGUAUGGGGUGGUUGAAGUCAGAGCCAAGUUACCAAAAGGAGAUUGGUUAUAUCCAGACAUUGGAUUGGAGCCAUUAAUGAAUAAAUAUGGAUUUAUGAAUUACGCCUCCGGACUGAUAAGAAUCGCUGGAGCGAGAGGGAACAAUGAACUGAACCUUGGUGCAGAAGAUCUUAGUAAUAAGGUGUUGUAUGGUGGCCCUAUUAUGGAUUUUGAUUGUCGAGGCAACCUUCUUCGAAAACGGAGUGCAGCCGAACCGUGGUCUAAUGAUUUUCAUACGUACAGUGCCAGAUGGGAACCAGGUCGUAUAACACUAGCAGUCGAUGGAAUUGAAUGGGCCCGCAUAGAACCUUCAGCAAAUGGCUUUCAGGGGCUUUUGGGACGCGACUGCCCAUUACCUAGGGACUUACUUGCGUCCGGUUCUAACAUGGCUCCAUUUGAUGAUUAUUUUUACCUGACUCUCGGUGUCGCAGCUGGUGGCAUCAGCGAGUUUCCAGAUGGGUCCUAUACAUCAGAUUCUCGUCCGAAACCUUGGAGAAAUCCCGGUAGGAAGGCGUCCUUGAACUUUUGGCAGGAUAUUAAGACAUGGUGGAAUACUUGGACACAACCUUUGAUAGUUGAUUACGUCCGUAUCCGGGCGAUAUAAUGCUAGUCGGUUUUAAUAAAAAUACUUGUAUGCUU